AUGGCCCACCUGCUUCUGCUGCUCCUGGGGCUCCUGGGGCUCUGGGGACUGCUCCGUGCCUGCACCCAAGAUCCCUCUUCAGCCCCUCGGUGGCCCCCUGGGCCUCGCCCACUGCCACUAUUGGGGAACCUGCACUUGCUGAGUAUGUCCCAGCAGGACCGGUCACUGAUGAAGCUCUCUGAACAGUAUGGGCCCAUCUUCACUGUGCACCUGGGGCGCCAGCGGAUGGUGGUGCUGACAGGGCUGGCGGCGGUGAGGGAGGCCCUGGUGGGUACCGGGCAGGCGCUGGCCGACCGGCCUCCCAUUGCCAUCUUCCAGCUCAUCCAGCAGGGCAGGGGGGUCUUCUUCUCAUCUGGGGAGCGCUGGAAGGCCGCCCGCCAGUUCACGGUGCGCACCCUGCACAGCCUGCGUGUGGGCCGGGGGCCUGGGGCUGACAACAUUCUACAGGAACUGAGGUGCCUGACAGGACAGCUGGACAGCUAUCAAGGCCGGCCCUUCCCUCUUGCCCUGCUUGGCUGGGCUCCCUCCAACAUCACCUUCGCACUCCUGUUCGGCCGGCGGUUUGACUACUGGGACCCAGUGUUUGUGUCUUUGCUGGGUCUCAUUGACGAGGUCAUGGUCCUCUUGGGGUCCCCUGGCCUGCAGCUGUUCAACAUCUACCCCUGGCUUGGGGCUCUGCUCCAGCUGCACCGGCCUGUCCUGCGCAAGAUUGAGGAGAUCCGAACCAUCCUGAAGACACUCCUGGAGGAACAGCGGCUCCGCAAGCCCAGGGGGCACCCUGUGCAGAGCUACAUAGACGCCCUGAUCCAAGAGGGCCAGGGGAAGGACCCUAAGGACCUGUCUGCUGAGGCCAAUGUGGUGGCUUGCACCCUGGACAUGGUCAUGGCUGGGACAGAGACCACCUCUGCCACACUGCAGUGGGCUGCCCUCUUGAUGGUCAAGAACCCAGAUGUGCAGGGACGGGUACAGGAGGAGCUAGACCGUGUGCUGAGCUCCAGGAGGCCUCCCAAGCCAGAGGACCAGGACAAGCUGCCCUAUACAAGUGCUGUGCUCCACGAGGUGCAGCGCUACAUCACGCUCCUGCCCCAUGUGCCCCGAUGCACGACGGCUGACAUCCAGCUGGGUGGCUACCUGCUCCCCAAGGGCACGCCUGUGAUCCCCUUGCUGACCUCAGUGCUCCUGGACAAGACACAGUGGCAGACCCCAGACCAGUUCAACCCGGGCCAUUUCCUGGAUGCUGAUGGGAAGUUUGUGAAGCAUGCGGCCUUCCUGCCUUUCUCUGCGGGCCGCCGUAUCUGCGUCGGGGAGCGCUUGGCCAGGACUGAGCUGUUCUUGUUGUUUGCCGGCCUCCUCCAGAGGUACCGCCUGCUGCCCCCACCUGGGGUGAGCCCUGCCACCCUGGACACCACGCCCGCUGCGGCCUUUACCAUGCGGCCACGGGCCCAGGCCCUGUGUGCAGUGCCCAGGCCCUAG